UAAUACGAGGAUCACCAGCCCAAGCUCUUCGGCAAAGGAUACACACCCUUCGCAGGAAACAUGGCGUUCAGGAGGUCGGAUCUCGGGUCUUUGGUGCCUGCACUGAUGAUCGCACUACUCGUCCUGACGGGACAACUGUUGCGCUGUUCGGCGCUGACUUUGGCGCCCCAGAGGGUGAUCACGACGACGACGACUACGGAAGCGGAGACGCCGCCACCUUCCGAGGUCACGACUUCCAAAGCCUUGGACACCGACGAGCCCUUCACUACCAAGCGCAACGCCAACGUGUUCUUCGAUUUUCCCAAAGUCACUCAAUUUCCACUCGCGGUCGCCAACGCCGAAUUGAAAACGGUGCCAGCGACGACGGCGACGAUAAGGUCAACGGCGCAGGUGAGGACCACAACGGCCGGACCGACGCAACCUCCCCGCCGCGGGCCCGCCGAAUUGCCGAUCUAUCGCUUGAACGGCAGCAACGGCCAGGCCUGUAUUCUCCUGCAAGUCGACGCGCUCAUCACCGUCAAGUACAAGACGAAACUCGGCGAGGAGCAGGAGGCGGAUAUUUACGUGCCCAACGACGCGACCAUCACCGGUAACUGCGAGGGCGAAAAUUACGUCUCGAUGUCCUUGAAGUGGGACGCGUUUAUUCUGAAGUGGAACUUUGCCAAGACCCCAGGGGGCGAGAGAUGGUACGUGGAAAAAAUCGAGCUGACCUUCAAUACGAGUGACCGACACUUUGAGCACAUCGACAAGCCCAAUAAAACGAAAAAGUUAAGCACCGCCAAGCUCAACUCGCUGCUCUUCCCGACUCCGGUCGGCAAGUCUUUCUCAUGCGAGGAGGAACAAGAGAUCGCCCUGACCGACGGCAAAACUCGAGCUAGCGUACUUUUGAGGAACAUGAAGCUCCAGCCGUUCAAGUUUAAAAACAACGACUUCGCAGUGGAGUUUUCGUGCACGGCCCUGAGCGCGCGGAUCAAUCGGGACGAAACCGCGCCACUGGCCGUCGGGACUACCCUCGCUGCCACUGUCCUGCUGACGAUAGCCGGCUACGCGGGCUGGCGGCACUUCAAAAUCAAGAAGGUCCAAUACGACACUAUGGAGUAAAAAAGUGAAAUAGUUUACGUAACAACGCGUUGCACUUUCUUUUUUUCUUUUUUUUUUUUUUUUU